UUUAGAGUCAGACAUGCAGGGUCUGCGGAUCUCCGGUGCAUAGUUUUAUAACUAACACACAGCAGGACGAGUGGAGAGUUGUGGAGCUUUGCUCAUCUUUGUGCAUGCUGUGCUGGACCCAGUGAUGGGACGGCCCCAACAACAACAACAGUGAGAAUCACAACACUGAUGCUGUCUCUCUCCCCUCCACGUCAAACCUUGAGUUCCUGGUACCAUUGGAUUAUUGCUUUUCUCCCCCCCCCCUUCUUUCAAGCCUGUGAAAGAAGUACCUGCAAGGAGGAUUACCAACUUCUUUUUUAAAAAUCUAAGGUGGCUUUACUCAUCACCUCAGCUGUAUGAGAUUUUAUUCUGCUGGAAUAAUGCCUUCGUGCUGGAUUAGAAACUCCUGGGUUCCAGUGGUGUUUGGUGCUGCGCUGGUUGUUCUUGCUGCCGGAAAUGCUGGACCGAACCAGGACAGAAGGCAGGCUGGGUCGUCCUCUUGCUUUGGAAGUUUUGAUCUCUACUUUGUUUUGGACAAAUCUGGGAGUGUGCAGAAUCACUGGACCGAAAUCUACCACUUUGUUGAACAUCUAGCUCAUAAAUUCAUAAGUCCACAAUUGCGGAUGUCCUUCAUUGUGUUUUCCACUGAGGGGAGGAUAUUAAUGAGCCUGACAGAAGACAGGGAGCGCAUUCGCAAAGGUCUGGAGGAGCUCCAGGGGGUCCGUCCAGGGGGAGACACCUUCAUGCAUGAGGGAAUCCUGAGGGCCAGUGAGCAGAUAUACUAUGGAAACACUGAAGGUUAUCGCACCGCCAGUGUUAUCAUAGCUCUGACAGAUGGAGAGCUGCAUGAGGAUCUUUUCUACUACGCUGAGAGAGAGGCCAACCGUUCCCGAAGCCUGGGCGCCUCAGUUUACUGCGUGGGGGUGAAGGACUUCAAUGAGACACAGCUGGCAAAGAUUGCAGAUAGUAAAGAUCACGUCUUCCCUGUAAAUGAUGGAUUCGAGGCUUUGCAAGGGGUCAUCGACUCGAUUCUUAAGAAGUCCUGUAUUGAGAUCCUGGCAGCGGAGCCCUCUAGUAUCUGUGCAGGAGAGUCCUUCCAGGUGGUGGUGAGAGGAAAUGGAUUCCUCCAUGCCCGAAAUGUUGAUAAAGUCCUGUGCAGCUUCCGGAUCAACGACACCCUCACUAAAAUGGUGAAGCCUUUGGUUGUGGAAGAUACAUAUCUGCUCUGCCCUGCACCAGUGCUUCAAGAUGAGGGGAUGGCAGCAAAUCUUUAUGUCAGUAUGAACGAAGGUCUCAGCUUCAUCUCCAGUUCGGUUACCAUUACCACCGUGGGAUGUUCUGAUGGGACCAUCCUGGCCAUAGCUCUGCUCAUCCUGAUGCUGCUACUGGUCUUGGCUCUUCUCUGGUGGUUCUGGCCUCUUUGCUGCACUGUGAUGAUCCACGAAACCCCACCGCCAGUUGAGGAGGAGAGUUCAGAUGAUGAGGACUUUGAAUCCCCCAAAAAGAAAUGGCCGACUGUAGACGCUUCCUACUAUGGAGGAAGAGGAGUCGGGGGAAUCAAAAGGAUGGAGGUACGCUGGGGUGAGAAAGGCUCCACAGAAGAAGGAGCAAAGCUGGAAAAGGCCAAAAAUGCCAAAGUGAAGAUGCCUGAGCAGGAGUAUGAUCUGCCUCCCACGCGGGUCCUCAACAAUGGCAUGCAGAAACCCCCGGGGCCACGCAAGUGGUACUCACCAAUCAAGAGCACGCUGGAUGCACUGUGGGUACUUUUGAGGAGAGGCUACGACCGUGUGUCUGUAAUGAGGCCGCAUCCAGGUGACAAGGGCAGAUGCAUGAACGUCACCCGUAUCAAGGCCCCCCCUACUCGCUACCCACACUACAACCACCACUCAUCUCCCAUCUACACGCCGCCUGGCAAGAGUCCACCAGCGCCGCAGGGCACCCUCCCUCCAACACCCGGCUGCCCUCCAUCAUCUCCAUCCAUCUCCUCAUCCUGCUCCUCUACCCUUCCAUCCCUGCCUCCAACACCUCCUCCUACCUCUACCACUCCCUCGCCUCCCAUUACUCCUCCCCCCUACACGCCACCUCCCGACCGGGCUCUCCCCCCGACCACCCUGCACAUUCCUGCCCCACCAGCGGUGUCACCGACCCCUCUACCCUCUGCCUCCCCAACUGGCUCCCUGCCUCCUCCUCCACAGGGACCUCCUCCCGGACGAGCCCCUCCCCCUGUGCGCCCACCGCCUCGGCCUGGCCUGUAAAGCUCCCGGCGCGAGACGGGCGAGAUUCCAACUAGUUUGAAAAAGGUAGUCCCACCAGCAAUCAGCACAUGACCAUCCUUGAUUACCUGGAGGCGAGGACAUGUGAACGCUUGUGCCACACUCAGCGGUCUGUGGCCUUUCUGCCUUGUGAAGAGGAGCAGUGAGGACUUUUUUUGAGCUAUUUGUCUACACUGACUUUUGUACACAUCUAGCCCAAAAGUUAAAUUGCUCUAAUGCUUGAAUUUCACAGACGUUCCCUAUAAAUGAGGUCAUGCAGGCCGGCACACAAACAUUCGUCUCCACGGACCUCUGGGCUGCUUCAGGCGCCGUCGUCCCCUUCAUGAGCACACAAGAUUGGACGGAUCCAAACCAGCUUGUACUAACGCCUCAACAAGGAGCACAGUCGUUUUCAAAAUGAUCACGAGGCUAAAUUAUGUGCCUAUUCAACGUCCCUAUCUUUUGGGAUAAGAGACGAGAGGAGCCUGAAAAUCCCUGUUUUUUUGUAUUCUUGAAUGUUGAGCAAUUGCAUGCCAAGAUUUCUGCCUUGUUUUGUACAACAUACACAUUUUUUUUUCUUUCUACUGUUUUCAUUAAAUUGACCGCAUUUUCUAAGUUAAAAUUUUUGAGGUUAGAAAAACAAUUAUUGCCAUUAAACACAUAGCAGCAUAUUGAAACCGCAAUGCAAUGAAUCUUGCAAUUUUCAACUUCCAUGCCGUACAGUAAACAUUAAAAGAAUUGGGAUGUAGAUAAUAAACUUGGACUAUUACAGUGACCAAGAUGACUGCGAUCACGGCUAUAGUUAGUAGCAUAUAUUGUCUAUUAAGAUGUGGACAAAAAUAUGUCAGAAUCAGGGAAAAGCUUUGCACAUUGUCUUGCUGAUCCAGCCAUUGCCUCUUGCAAAAGCUGUUUUUUAUGUAAAUAAUCAUUUUGCUAUAACCAUGUGUGUUCAGAUCUAUGUGUGUGUGUAUGUCAGUAUGUGUGUCAGAAAGAAAGAGAGACUAGUUUAUUUUAUGUAUUAAUGACAGCCAGUAGAGUAGAGAGAGUCACUUGCCAGUUUCAUCAACUUUAACAAAAUAAUAUUUUUUUUUGCACAAGGAACUGUGACAUCCUCAAAGCAUGGAUCACGAUGAAAAGCUUUCUGUCUCAUGGGUCAUAUGAAGUUCAGAGUAAAUGGGAGGUUGAUAUGAAGCUGUUCUUUGAUGGUGAUCGGAGGAGUCAGAGCAGAAUGCAAAGCAGAUCACCAGGACAUCUUACAAUACCAAAGAGAGCACGAUAUUUUCCAUCAAUACAGUGCGUGGACACCCAUGUCUGUUCCAUUAAAAAUGAAAGCAAAGUGUAUAAAUCUGGUCUCU